CCGAAGAAAGUCAAACUCCCAAACAGGAGCGCGAGAAGGAAAGAGCAGAGCAAAGCAGAGGAUCAUCCACCCUACAGCACUACACCUCUGCGGACAUCGGUGGUUCAGCAAAGAAGCUCUGCAACCCUGUGAAUUCUCCAGCUGUAACUCGUACCUGUGAGAAGAGCUUGCGGUGGAUGUAACAGUAGCAAUGUGUAGAGCAACCGUGAAAGAGUCGCACGGAUGUCAGCGCAACUUUAUUCUGCUUGUCGGGCUGCUCAUAGCCAACAGCGAUGCAGAGAUUCUCUCAGACCCAAACGUGGUGGCCUCGUCCAACUGGAACAUGUCCAGCGGAGCUGAAAGAGGUCACUUUUUAAGACUGGGUGCACCCAUGAAUAACAUCACUACCUCCCUCGGUCAGACAGCUGAGUUACAUUGCCACGUUUCAGGGAACCCACCGCCCAAUAUACGCUGGCUAAAAAACGAUGCCCCUGUGGUCCAGGAACCACGUCGCAUCUCUUACAGGCCAACUCCGUAUGGCUCACGACUGAGAAUUCGGAACCUGGACACUACAGACACAGGCUACUUUCAAUGUGUGGCUACCAACACAUAUGGCAUAGUAUCCACCACAGGAAUUCUGUUCGUCAAAUUUGAUCCAGCUCCCACCCCUCUGCCUGGAAGGCCCCCAAUAUAUGAAGUGGAUGAGGAUGGUUUCUGUCAGCCUUACAGAGGCAUCGCUUGUGCCCGCUUCAUUGGAAACAGGAGUAUCUUCGUGGACUCUCUGCAGAUGCAGGGCGAGAUCGAGACCCAAAUCACAGCGGCAUUUACUAUGAUCGGCACCUCCAAUCACCUGUCGGAUCGCUGCUCACAGUUCGCCAUCCCGUCCCUCUGCCACUUCGCCUUCCCGACGUGUGACCGCAGCUCCGGCAUAGACAAACCGCGGGACUUGUGCAAGGACGAAUGCGAGAUUCUGGAGAACGACCUGUGCAAGACAGAGUACAUCAUCGCACGAUCCAACCCCCUUAUUCUCAAACGUCUCAAACUGCCUAACUGUGAAGACCUGGCCGCUUCAGACAGCCCUGCGGCCGCAAACUGCAUGAGAAUAGGCAUCCCGAUGGCUGAGACCAUAAACAAAAGCCACAAAUGUUAUAACAACAGCGGUUCAGACUACCGCGGCACAGCUAGCGUGACGAAAUCCGGUCGACAGUGUCAGCCGUGGAAUUCCCAGUAUCCCCACAGUCACACCUUCCUGGCCAUGCGUUACCUUGAGCUCAACGGGGGACAUUCCUACUGUCGUAACCCCGGCAACAAGCACGAUGCUCCCUGGUGCUUUACCCUGGAUGAAGGUGUUCGGAUGGAAGUCUGUGACAUUCCUCCAUGCGACUUGCCAAAGCAUGGCAGCAGCAGCAGUAUGGGGAUCCUGUACAUCCUGGUGCCGAGUGUGGCUAUACCGCUGGCCAUCGCCCUGUUGUUCUUUUUCAUCUGCGUGUGCCGGAACAACCAGAAAGCUUCACGUCCGCCAGCUCCACGACAGCCCAAACCGGUACGCGGGCAGAACGUGGAGAUGUCCAUGCUCACCGCCUACAAACCAAAGAGCAAAGCUAAAGAGCUUCCUCUCUCCGCCGUACGCUUCAUGGAGGAGUUGGGUGAGAGUGCCUUUGGGAAGAUCUACAAAGGUCACCUGUACCUCCCGGGCAUGGAGCAUGCUCAGCUAGUGGCCAUUAAAACCCUCAAAGAUGUCUCGAGCGCACAGUGGGGAGACUUCCAGCAGGAGGCGUCAGUCCUGGCUGAACUUCAUCAUCCUAAUGUGGUUUGCCUGCUGGGCGUGGUGACGCAGGAGCAGCCCGUCUGCUUGCUCUUCGAGUUCCUGGCCCAGGGAGACCUCCACGAGUUCCUCAUCAUGCGCUCGCCCCAUUCAGACGUGGGCUGCAGUAGCGACGAAGACGGCACCGUGAAGUCCAGUCUGGACCACGGAGACUUCCUGCACAUGGCCAUUCAGGUCGCAGCCGGAAUGGAAUAUCUAGCGAGCCAAUUUUACGUCCACAAGGACCUCGCAGCCAGAAACAUCUUGGUUGGCGAACAGCUUCACGUUAAGAUUUCCGAUCUGGGGUUGUCAAGGGAGAUCUACGUUUCGGAUUAUUACAGGGUGCAGCCAAAAACGUCACUUCCCAUUCGCUGGAUGCCACCGGAGGCUAUUGUGUAUGGGAAGUUCAGCACAGAUUCUGACAUUUGGGCGUUCGGUGUGGUGCUGUGGGAGAUCUUCAGUUUCGGUCUCCAGCCAUAUUACGGUUUCAGCAACCAGGAGGUGAUGGAGAUGGUGAGAAAGCGACAGCAGCUGCCCUGCCCGGAGGACUGCCCGCCUCGCAUGUACGCGCUGAUGACCGAGUGCUGGCAGGAGGGUCCCGCUCGCCGGCCGAGAUUUAAAGACAUCUACUCCCGUCUGCGUGCCUGGGAGGGCCUGUCAUCCCAUGCCAGCUCCAGCACUCCGUCUGGAGGGAACGCCACUACUCAAACUACCUCUCUGAGCGCCAGCCCUGUCAGAAACCUCAGCACCCCGCGCUACGCCGGGUAUAUCUACGGAGCACCGCAGGGUAUGCCACCCGGACAGAUCGCAGGCUUUAUGGCAGCGCCCAUGCCACAGAACCAGCGGUUUAUUCCUGUGAACGGAUAUCCCAUCCCGCCGGGCUACGCCGCCUUCCCCACCGCUCACUUCGCACCUCAAGCCCCGCCCCAGGUGGUGCAGCACUGCCCGCCGCCCAAGAGCCGCUCGCCCAGCAGCGCCAGCGGCUCCACUAGCACGGGUCACGUGACCAGCGUGCCUUCCACAGGCUCCAAUCAUGAUGCCAACACACCUUUGCUCUCUCACUGCGUCACGCUGACGCCCAUGACAGCGGUGCCGGGUGGCACAAUGCAAGUUUUCGGACAUAUGACACAAAAGGGCUUGCAGAUAGACCCGUCGCAAGCGGCUCUGCUCGCUGACACUAACCGAAUGCUGUACAGUGAAUCUGUUAUUACUGCCGAUUUUUAAAUAAGUGUUUUAUAUUGAUAAUUAUUGACAUUUUAAUGUUUUUUUUAGUGUAAAUAUAAAACAGCCUGAAUGAAAUGCGAAAGUUUAUAUUGUGAUGUUGUGUAAAUGUGUUUGAUAGGAAAGGACACUCAUCAUCUCUUGGGUAGGUGAUAUUGAGACAUUGAAAAAACCUGAAAUGUAUUCUCUGUGAAGCUUCGUGCCACUUCUGCAGUGACUUUGCGGCAGAACAGACUGUGCCUUUGAAAGGAGCCUUUCAACCAAAACUUCAAAAUGAUGCCCUGUUAGGAUUUUCAAUGGACAAUGUCUUUAGUUUCUAAACUGUUUUUGCUUUUUUACUCACUGACGACUUGAAAACUUUCCAGAAGUCUUCAGAGCAUCAGAUCUUUUUUUUCCCAUACAGGAAUCUGAGUUAUGGAAAUGAAUGUAAAACACAUAUAUAAUAUAUAUAUAUACACUAGUGUUCAAAAGUUAAGGGUCACUUGCUCACUUUUUCAUUUUUUAUUCAUUGUUUUAGAAUAAUAGUAAACCUCAUCAAAACUAUGGAAUAACACAAAUGUGGUUAUGAUAACUAUGUUCUCAAAAAAUAAAAACUGUCAGAUCCUCAGCAUCCUCACUGUAGUCAUUCUUUGGCUAGAAUAUGCUGAAAUCUUCUCUUGGCAUUUUAUCAUUCAGCUUCUUAAGGUCUCACCCUGAAAUGCUUUUUUAACAAUAUUGAAGUUGUUCCUAUCUAUGUUGAACUCUAUAUUAUUCAAAAGCAUCUGUUUUAAAAACAUUGUUAUGAAAUAACAUUUUUAAUUAAUACAUUUAAAUAAGUUUAAUGUUUUUGUAAUGAAAGAGACUAAUAGGCCUAUAUUUGCAUAGUUACAUUUUUAUCUUCAGUACAGAACCAGUUUUAGACAUUUAAGCAUACGAGUUCAUUUCAAAAGAUUUGAAAGGACAAUAGACAAUUUCACUCGAGUGACCCUAAACCUUUGAACAUGUGUGUUUAUCUUUAGAUUUAACAGAUAGAAAAAUGUCACAUACAAUAUACAUUACAAAAUUGCCCAUAAUCAUUUCAUCACAUAUUUGGAUGCAUUAGGAUCCUAGUUUGUAUUUAAGCAAAAAAAACUUUCUCCGCUUAUCGUUUUUACAUUAUGCUUUGUAAUUUACACAAAAUAUUAAAUAGUAUAUACAUAGUAUUUUAUACAGUAUAUGUGUGCAUAUGUUUUUAUGGCCAUAGAUCUGAUUUCUGUAUGGGUCUGUCUGGUCAUUGCAUAUCUUUACUGGAUGUAUAAGUAGUAUUUUGCAUUAAUUCUAGUCUAUAGGAAAAUUUCCAGAAGUAAGGGAAUACACAUUUCCUAACAUCACAAGUGCCUUCGCAUCAAAAGUAUAGACGGUUUCAAAGUGACAACAUAAACGAACGUUACUUUGCAUGCGUGCGUUCGUGGACUGCCCUUAACUUCCGAUACACAUUCGCAAAGAAUACAGCGCCUGUAGAUUAUUUCUGAUAACAAGCAAAACAAACCGAGAAGAACCGCUUCUUGGCCAAACCUGUCUCUGCAAUAUUUUCAAUUUAGACUGCGAUACCAAGCUCAACCGCUAGAUGUCGAUGUCCCAUACGGCUUCUUCAAAUGCGACCAAACUACAGGGCCCAUUCAACAAAUUAUUUCAUAAAAUGAGCAUACAACAAAAUUCAACAAAUCAAUUAUUUUAUACAAUUAUUAUAGAAUAAAAUAAUAAUAUAAAUCAAUAUAAACAUAAAUAAAAUAAAAUAUAAAUCGUUUUAUUAUUAGACACUAGCCAAACACAGACCUGAAGUUAAGACCCAGCGCGCUCGUCCGAUGAAACGAUCUAUUAGCAUGUGCCUGCGUUAGUUUCUGAGUUUACAUCUAUGAGCAUUCGGGAGAAAACAUUAUGAUAAUCUUAUUCUUUAACUGCAGCUUUAUAGAAAUAAAUUUCACCUCACUUUAAUAUUUUGUAUUGUUAUUGAAGGCCACAUCAUAACUUCACAAGACAGGAACACGUUCACAGUUUAAGUGUGUGCCUUAACCAACAGUUUUUUUGGAAAUAGUAAUUGUUUACUUUACAUUUGUUUUCGUUCCUGUCUGAAUGAGUCAUCCCCUUAUGACAUCACUGUUUGGAAUAUGUGAAAGCAACACUUUAAAUAAUGCAGAGCUUGUUCUAAUGUAACAAGAUACUCACUACCUGUAGAAUGUAAUGUCUUGACGUUCCUCUAGAGUUCAGUGUCGCUCUGACUCUGUUUGAAUGAAGUUCUUUAUAUUUGCUCUUGUGGAUUUCCAUGUUGAUACUGUAUGUACAAACUAUUAUUCUGCUUGUGUUUUGUUGUUAACGUUUUUCUCUUCGAGUUUGUAUCUUGUUUAGAAUCUAUGGAAACUUCACAGUAACAAGAAUGAAAUAGAUUUGAUCAUUUUAAGCAAGCAGCUGUCAUCUUCAUAUUGGUAUGUUGCUAUGCAACUGUUGAAUUCCAAGAAACCCUUUCCAAUGACAAUCAAGAAUUUAUAGUUUUUGUGAGGACAUGAUUGCUCGUGACCUAUGAACUGCUUUUGGGACAAUGUCAUAAUGUGUUACGAGUGUAAUGUUUUAUGAAAAGACCGUAUGCAUGAAAACUGAUGUUUAUAUCAAUGGUUUAUUUUUCUAUUAUUUUUGUCACAAUUUUACACCAAUAUUGCAGUCUUAUUAUUGUACGUCCGACCAUACAGUGUGUUGGUUAUUAUAAAAGCCACUUAA